AUGCUUUCCGUUAGCGAUAUUCCAGCCCUUCUGGGGCUCAUUCUGGGGCUAUUCAGUCUACAUUUUCUGUACCAACGAAUCACCAACCCACUUGCUCACGUACCAGGUCCCGAAAUCUCCAAAUGGACAGACCUCGUAUACAAAUACUACUGGUUCAGCGGAAAGAUCCCAUACUAUGUUCAUAGUCUGCAUGAGAAAUAUGGCCCCAUUGUCCGCACAAGUACGACUCAGGUCGACAUUUGCGACAUAGAAGUAGCACGAGAGAUCCACAAGACCAACAGCCGCUACAUGAAAUCCAACUUCUACAAUGUACUGGUAGCCAAGAACUUCCAAAAUUUGUUCAGUACAACGGACCCGAAGUUUCACUCCAAUCGACGACGUCUCUUGGCUACACCCAUAUCCGACUCCUCGCUCAGCAAGCACGAGCCUCUCAUCUCGAAAAGAGUCAAUCUCGCCAUCGAAAAAAUAGCACAAGAGAUGGACAGUCGCGGCGUUGCCGACGUAUUCAAAUGGUGGCUAUUCAUGGCAACAGAUGUGAUUGGAGAAUUGACAUUUGGAGAGUCAUUCCAAAUGCUCGAGAGUGGAGAGAAAAACCAAUACAGCAAGGACUUGGAAAGUCUGUCAAGUCUCCAACCGAUCCGAACCACAUUCCCAAACAUGGUAGACCUUGCCCGACGUCUCCCACUACCAAUUUUCAAUCGGGCCGGCGCAGUCGCAAAUAGAAUGUCCCAGUAUGCACUUCAAUCACUAGAAAGGUACACAACGCACCUCGAGAGUGGCCCCAGCACCGCGAAACAAACACUUUUCACAAAGAUCUUCGAUGAGAAAAACGGUCUUUCGCUACGAGAAAUCCUAUACGAAGCGCAGGGAUAUAUCGUUGCUGGAAGUGAUACCACAGCUGUGACGCUCACGUAUCUCGUUUACUCUGUCUGCAGCGAUGCACGAGUACGGGAAAAAUUGGCAAUCGAAAUCGCAUCUCUCCCUGAGCCAAUCUCAGAUAAGGAUCUUCGGAAUUUGCCCUAUCUGAACCAGGUUAUUAGCGAGACGCUUCGUUUGUAUACUGCUGUUCCUUUCGGAUUACCGCGAUCUGUCCCUGUGGGAGGUGUUACCCUGAAGGGGAUGUAUAUUGCUGGUGGAACCACGGUUUCAACACAAUCGUACAGUCUUCAUCGGGAUCCCGGGAUCUUCGCUGAUCCUGAUAGGUUUUAUCCUGAGCGGUGGGAGGAUCCGAGUAAGGAUAUGAAAGACGCUUCGAUACCGUUUGGAGGUGGAUCGCGCAUUUGUAUUGGGAUUCAUCUAGCUCGCAUUGAGCUUCGAUUGGCAACCGCCUUGUUUUUCCGUCGCUUUCCUCGGGCUAAGGUCUCUUCCAGUGAGGGAAUGUCUAGUGAUGAUAUGGUUAUGAAGGCGUUCUUUCUGAUGGCUCCUCAAGGACAUCGAUGUCUGGUAGAGGCUUAA